UGAGAGGCGGACUGACGGUGAAACUACAGACACACAGCUGAAGGACAGACAGACAGACAGACGUCCUCUCUGGUGCUGAACGACGAGGGACAAGAUGUGGCUUCGAGACGAGCUGUUGAAGUCUAUAUGGCAUGCUUUCACAGCCCUGGACGUGGAUCAACGAGGAAAAGUCUCCAAAUCUCAGUUAAAGGUGCUGUCCCACAGCCUGUGCACAGUGAUGAAGAUCCCCCAUGACCCUGUGGCCCUUGAAGAGCAUUUCAACGAUGAUAAUAAAGGGCCUCUGUCCAACCAGGGCUACAUGCCGUACCUCAACAGGUUUAUACUUGACAAGGUGCAGGAGGAAUUUGAUGUACUGGAGUUCAACAAGAUGUGCUGGACACUGUGUUACAAGAAAAAUAUCUGCACUAAAAAUCUAGUCAUCUCAGACGACGAUGCUUUCAAAGUGUGGUGCAUUUUCAACUUUCUGUCUGAAGAAAAAUACCCGCUCGUCAUCAUUACGGAAGAGAUUGAGUACUUCCUGCGAAAGUUGAUCGAGGCCAUGGGGAGCAGAUGGAGUGAGGAGAAGUUUGCAGAUUACAAGCUGAAGCUGAACAAAAAAAAGAACUGCCUGACUGCCUGGGAGCUGAUUGAACUGGUGGGGAUGGGUUACUUCAGCAAGGGCAUGAACCACCAGACCCUGUCCAUGGGCAUCACCGAGGUCUUCCAGGAGCUCAUACUGGACGUGCUCAAGCAGGGAUACAUGAUGAAAAAGGGUCACAAAAGGAAGAACUGGACGGAGCGCUGGUUUGUCCUUCGACCCAACUCCCUGUCCUACUACGCCUGUGAGGACAUGGUGGAGAAGAAAGGAGACAUCGUUCUGGACCGAACCUGCUGUGUGGAGUCUCUGCCGGAUAAAGAAGGGAAGAAAUGCCUGUUCAUUAUCAAGUGCACUGAUAAAAGCUUUGAGAUUAGUGCAUCAGAUAAAAAGAAGAAGCAGGAAUGGCUUCAAGCUAUUCAAACGUGCAUCCAGCUGCUGAGGUUGGGGCUGCCGUCUCCUCACCGUGAGGCCCGGCUGAGGCGCAGGGAGCACCGUCAGAGACAGCUGGUGGAGGAGGACGACCUGGCAGAGAGGAUGAACAAGCUCCAGGCGGCCAGUGAAAACAAACAGAGGCAGCUGGAGGGUAUGAGGAAGAAAAUGGAGGAGGCUGCAACUAAAGCAGCGAUAGAGGAGCACAGGAGGAAGCAGUCUCAGUUAGACCUGCAGGAUCGCUACAGACUGGACCUAGAGAGAGAGAAAAUGGUGCGUCAGCAGAUGGAGGAGCAGGUGGCUCAGAAGUCCAGUGAACUGGAGCAGUACCUGCAGCGCGUCCGGGAGCUGGAGGACAUGUACCACCGGCUGGAGGAGGCUUUAGAGGACGAGAAGCAGACCAAGCAGGAUGAGGAGGCCAUGCACAAGCUGCAGUCCAGGCUGCUUGAGGAGGAGGCAGCGAAGAGGGCUGAGCUGGAGCAGAUCCACCUGCAGCAGCAGAUGGCGCUGUCUCAGACCAAGGCUGAGAAGCAGGAGCUGGAGGCCGAGAAGCGGGCUAAGGAGAGAGACCUGCAGGCAGCCAUGCAGCAGCUGGAGAAGCUGGAGAAGGAGCGGCAUGGAGCCCUGGAGGAGUACGAGGAGUUGUCAAAGAAGCUUAAACGAGCAGCUAACAAGACCAAGACCUGGAAGGACAAGGUGGCCCAACAUGAGGGGCUGUUGCGUCUCAUCCAGCCAGGUGAUAAAGCACCUCAGAGGAUCACUAACUGGGGUCCAGCUUCAUUCAUGGACACUGAGCUGGAGCUGAGGAAGAAGUCGUGGCAGGAGAGUAAGAACCAGGGUGCUCAGGCUCAGUGACACCACGACGAAUGGAUCUCACUCCGAUGAGGAAGACUGAAGAGGUUUGAUAACAUGAACUUAAUGAGACACGUGAAAACAGUUUUACUGAUUUGAUUUGGGUUAGUUUUAAAAGCCGGGAUUAACUGCAUCAGUUUCUUCUCUAACAAAAACUCACAUUCAAGCAGUUGGACUAAGUAGUUUGACAAAAUAACCUGAACUCAUGGUGCAGAGUUUCUGUCAUAGAGAUGGUGAUGAUGAGUCAUUAGUGUACCUUGAGUUGAUUAUUUUAUAAAAAUUUCAUUCUCAUUCAGUUUUUAUUUUGUAAUUUUAAUCCGUCCUUUCUGACUUCCUGUGUUUCAUUUAACAUGUUUUUGUGUUCUGACAUAAACUUGUCGUUGACAUCCAACAGAGUAUAACAGUAGAUUAAUUUUCUAGACUGUUACAGUCAUAACGAAGAUGAUACAAAUAAAACACCACCUAUUUUGUAUUAAAGUGGAUGGCUAUUUUCAUUUCAGAGA